AUGCCGUAUCCACAAUCCUCCGGCCCCGUGCACAUGACGCCGCAAGCGGCGCAGAGUCAGAUAGUGUGUACAGGAUGCCGCACGCUACUCGUGUAUCCUAAUAACGCGUCCAACGUGCGCUGCGCGCUCUGUAGCACCAUCACGCCCGUGCCACCCGCUGGCACGGAGAUGGCGCAGCUGGUGUGCGGCGGCUGUCGGACUCUGCUCAUGUACGUGCGGGGGGCCACCAGCGUGCAGUGCUCCUGCUGCCACACUGUCAACCUCUCCAUGGAAUCAAGUCAAGUGGCACACGUGAACUGCGGCGGCUGUGGCAUGACGCUCAUGUAUGCAUACGGGGCUCAAAGCGUCAAGUGCGCCGUCUGCCAGUUCGUCACCCAGGUUGGCUCUUCUCUGCGCCCUCUGCCAGUGCAACAAAGGCAGUACGCCCCGCCGCCCACACAGCCAGCACAGGUGGCGCCAGCACAGAGCACCACCAGCAGCCGCACAGUGGUGGUGGAGAACCCUAUGACAAUGGAUGAUACCGGCAAGCUGGUGUCAAAUGUUGCAGUUGGGAUCUCCAGUGAUAAAAAGAGCUGA